AUGGAAGAAACAAUCGCUGAACUACGACGUCAGCUUGAGGAGGAGAGACAGGCACGAGAAGAGGCACAGCGCCGUGAAGAGGAAGAGAGACAGGCGCGAGAAGAAGCAGAGCGCCUCCAGGGAGAGGCUGAACGGCGACUCGAACCCAACACACUAUUCCGCCUCCUCGAUCGCUGCCACAACUCUCUGUCUCAAGCGAUUCGGGUUGAGACGGAUGCGACUCUCACGACCCAGGGCGACGCGACUGACCCCGUCAACCGACUUUACCCCAAGCGCGUUGUCCCUUGGCUUGAUUUCCCCCAACUCCAAGAGAAAAUCUGGAGGAAAUUCGACUGUACCGGUGCCUUUACCUCGCGCCCACUAUUCCCUUCUAAUACCUAA